AUGUCGUCCGCUUCGAGGACGCUGGCAUCUCGCCUGGCGGCAUGGGCCGCAACAACUUGCCCAAGGGCUUAUCGACGUCGCACAAUCCAAGCCCCGUCGUCUUUCAUCUUCAUGUCCGCCUGUCGAACCCAGAGCGCAGCAGCAUCAAGAGCGAUGCAACUGUCGUUACUACCUCGACGAUCCUUCUCCACGAGCAAGCCUGCCCUUCAUGGCCACAUCGAUCCUCCAAAACCAGGCGAAGAGCUUCAUGUCACAUUUAUCGAAAAGGAUGGCCAGGAGCACAAGUUCGCAGUCUCUGCUGGAGACAACCUCUUGGACAUUGCUCAAGCCAACGAUCUCGAGAUGGAGGGCGCCUGCGGAGGUUCUUGCGCUUGUUCCACGUGCCAUGUCAUCGUUGCUGAUGAGGACUACUACGAUAAGAUGCCCGAGCCUGAGGAUGAUGAGAACGACAUGCUUGACCUGGCGUUCGGCCUUACCGAGACGAGCCGACUGGGCUGCCAGGUGAAGAUGACAAAGGAGCUGGAUGGCUUGGUGGUCAAACUGCCUUCCAUGACGAGAAACCUGCAGGCGAGCGAUUUCCAAUGA